AUGAAAGUGUUUUUGUUUUUACUCAAACCCAUUCAGAGUGGAAAACCUGAGCUGCAGUCUCUGGAGGGAACUCUUGAGAGGAAACACAAGCUGCAGCUGGGAGGAAAGAAAGCGGCCUCCAGAGGAUGGAGCUCCUACCACACUGUCCUCCACAGACACGCCUUGUGCUUCUUCCAGGACAGAAAGGACACGCUGCGAAGGUCCACCUGCGGCCUUCCGUUAAACCUGACGGGAGCCGAGUGUUCGCCUGCGUCAGAUUACAACAAAAAACCCAACUGCUUUCGAUUACGGCUCCGUGACGGCUCUGAAUAUUUGUUCAGUGCCUCCUCGCGCUUCGUGAUGAAGAAAUGGAUCAUGAAGAUACAAGCAAGCACAGGGCCGAGCGAGUCUGUGUCGGGUGUUCAUGCUGAUCAAGACCUGCUCACGAACACAAAGCCCUCGGUGUGCUCCAGAUGUGAAGGUCCAACCAGCUGUUGCUGCUCUUCUCAACAUGAUGUCACCGACACGGUCCCCAGGCAGAAAGCACCGAGUUUUACCCAAAUCAAAGAAACGCUGUUCCUCCUCGAAGAGCUCCGGAGUCUCCCUAGAUGUCUGAACGAGCAGCCGAGCAGCUCCUGCUCUGAGGCAGGCUGGUCCAGUGAUGAUCGGAGCAGUUUGGUGCAGAUGGACACGCACAGACUUUCUGGAGACAUCCUGUCCUCCCCCCCUCAGUCCCCUGAGUCCAGGGGUCAGCGCUCCCACUCCUUCACAUCAGCAACGUACCAGAAGAUCAAGCCGGCGCUUUGCUCCCCUGGACGACGAGGCGUGGACGAAGGCUCCAACUACUGCGUGACCCUGGUGGUGGGGGACAAAUCGAAUGUGGGGGCCCCACGUCGUCCCUCACCUGGAUGGCAGCAGCAGGACCCGUGCUCCGCUCUGAGAGGCUACGUGAGCCUGCCGCGGCCUCGCAACAAGUCCGUCUUCAAAAAGUUCUUCGGCAGAAAGGAGCUCUGAGCGCAGAAAUGUUGAGUUUAGUUUCUGACGUGCAGCGCACACGCCGAGCAAAGAUUAAAG